AUGUCGGGCCGCGGCAAGGGCAAGUCUGGCAAGAAGCCGGUGUCUCGCAGCUCCAAGGCCGGGCUACAGUUCCCUGUGGGCCGUAUCGCCCGCUACCUGAAGAAGGGCCGGUACGCCACCCGUGUCGGUGCAGGCGCGCCCGUCUACCUGGCCGCCGUGCUUGAGUACCUCGCCGCCGAGGUGCUGGAGCUGUCGGGCAACGCCGCGCGCGACAACAAGAAGAACCGCAUCCUGGCCAUCCGCAACGACGAGGAGCUGUCCAAGCUGCUGGGCGGCGUGACCAUCGCAUCCGGCGGCGUGCUGCCCAAUAUCCACGGCGUGCUGCUGCCCAAGACCAAGGGCAAGAAGGGCAAGGACGAGGCCGAGUAA